UCCCUCUCUCUUUCUCUCUCACUCUGUGCCUCGCACACAUCAGCCCAGAGGCAAGGCAUGCUCUGGUGUGCGGAAUACAGACACGGACAGCAGCUUUAGCUCAGUGAACAGAGGCACGUGGAGGGCAGUUCUUCUGAUCUUCAACACGGCUUCUGCCUGAUUUUUCCCUUUGGUCAAAUUUGAAUCACUGGUUAUAUGUCAGAGCUGCGCAGCAGGGCUUGGUGCAGGUACUUCUAGCUUCCAACUUCUAGAAAAUAAUUCCAUCAUCACAAACUCCAAGUUAACUCUGGUAACAUGAGGACACACUGCCUGGUUCUGAGAUGUCUGAUCUUGGCCACACUAAUGAGACUGUAUCAAGCUGGCUUGGUGAAGAAGAUUCUACAGCACCAGAGGCACAUUCUGCCAGCUCCAAGUAUACACAAUUUCACCCAGUCUGACCCUGAAAAGCCAGUCAUCUUCAGCCAUGUCUACACCAUCAACGUCCCAGAGAGCUCCCUCUGCUCAGACAACACAGAUUCUCCAGCAGAUUCCGAGCUGGAGCCAAAAGAUGCACCUGCUGGAUCAGAGACCUCCGAUUACACUACAGAUGGACAAAAUCAAAUCGUCUUCACUCAUCGCAUCAACAUCCCCAAGCAGACAUGCGGCUGCACAAAGGACCUUCCUGACCUGAAAGCGCUUUUGAACCGGCUGGAAAUAUUGGAGGGGGAAGUAUCCACUCUUAGAGGACAAUGUGGAGGGGAGGCCACGUGCUGCAGUGCACAGGUUACAGGUCAAGUCGGAACCAAGCCCUACUGCAGUGGCCGUGGAAACUACAGCUUUGACAUCUGCGCCUGCGUCUGUGAGAAAGGCUGGAAAGGCCCCAACUGCUCGCUGCCCGACUGUCCAAACCAUUGCAGUGCUCAGGGGCGCUGCAUUGAUGGGAAAUGUGAAUGCUUUGAGGGCUACUUUGGGGAGGACUGCAGUAUGGAGGCCUGUCCUGUUGACUGUGGUGAGAAUGGUCAGUGCAUCAGUGGUGUCUGCCUUUGUGCUGAGGGUUUCACUGGAGUUGACUGCUCGCAGGCAGCCUGCAUCAACGACUGCCUGGGGCGUGGCCUCUGCGUGGACGGAGACUGCGUGUGUGAUGAGCCUUGGACGGGUUUUGACUGCUCGGAGUUGAUCUGUCCACGUGACUGCUACGACCGCGGACGAUGCGUGAAUGGCACUUGCUAUUGUGAUGAAGGCUUCCGAGGAGAAGACUGCGGAGAGCGAAUCUGCCUCAGGAACUGCAUGGGUCAAGGCUUCUGCGUGGAGGGCCGGUGUGUUUGCAAUGCUGGCUAUACGGGGGAAGACUGUGCCACACUUACCUGCCUGAACAACUGCAACGAAAGGGGGCGCUGUUUUAAUGGAAUGUGCAUUUGUGAAAAUGGCUUCCAGGGUGAGGACUGCAGUGUCCUCUCCUGCCCUAACAACUGCUACAACAGGGGACGAUGCAUUAACGGCCAGUGCGAAUGCAACGCUGGUUUUCAUGGGGUCGACUGCUCUGACCUUUCCUGUUCAAACAACUGCAAUGGCCGGGGGCACUGCGUUAAUGGGCAGUGUGUGUGUAUGGAGGGAUUUGGGGGUGAGGACUGCAGCAGAAAAACCUGCCCGUCCCAUUGCUAUGGCCAGGGUCACUGCAUAGAUGGAGUAUGUGUGUGCUUUGCAGGCUUCCGUGGUGAAGACUGCAGUGAGCUAAGCUGCCCCUACAACUGUCAGAAUCGUGGCCUUUGUGUAGCAGGCCAGUGUAUCUGCAAUGAAGGCUUCACUGGAGAAGACUGUAGCCAGAAGAAAUGUCCCAAUGACUGCUUAGGUAACGGAGACUGUGUGGAUGGUCGCUGCAUCUGCAAGGAGGGCUUUGUAGGUGAGGAUUGCUCGAUUGCAUCCUGUCCAACCGCCUGUAAUAAUCAUGGGCGCUGCAUCGAUGGCGUAUGCCUCUGUGACGAGGGUUUUACCGGCAGCGACUGUGCAGAAAGAAAAUGCCUAAACCACUGCCAUGGACAGGGUCAGUGUGUGGAUGGACAGUGCAUCUGUGAUGAAGGGUACAUUGGUGAGGACUGUUCAGAAGUUUCUCCACCAAAAGGCUUGACAGCCUAUGAGAUAGACCCACAGACACUACAACUUGACUGGGGCAAUGAGAAGCUGGUGAAAGAAUACUUGGUCACCUAUGUUCCCACAACACCAGGAGGCCUGCAGAUGGACUUCACUGUGCCAGGAAACCAAAACACUGCCACUGUACCUGGACUUGAACCUGGCAUUGAAUAUUCAAUCAACGUCCACGCCAUCCUCAAUAACAAGAAAAGUGUCCCCGUCAGCGUCAGAGCGGCCACUAGUCUGCCGCAGCCAGAGGGCCUGAAGUUUAAAUCUAUCGGAGAAACAUCUGUGGAGGUGUUCUGGGACCAGCUGGACAUUCCAUUCGAUGGCUGGGAGCUCACCUUCCACAAUACGAAGGAAGAGGAUGGGAAAAUUGUGAACAUUCUUCCACCCUCCCAAACGCAUUUUGAGCAGCCAGGACUUGGGCCUGGGCAGGAAUAUGAGGUCUCUGUGGGAAUAAUCAAGAAUGAGACAAGAGGAGCCCCACUGAAAAGGACUGUCAUGACAAAAAUUGAUGCACCAGCAGAAGUUGUAGUCCGAGACGUGGCAGACAGUUCUGCUCUAAUCUCUUGGUCCGGGCCAGUGGCAGAUGUGGACGACAUUAGGAUAUCUUAUGGCCCAAGUGGAAGACCAUUAGAUAAACAUGUGGACGUCCCUGUAAAAAACCUGCAGCACAGUUUGGGAGGACUGGAGCCUGACACUGACUAUCAAAUAUCUCUCAGUUCAAAGAGGGGAGACACAUUCAGUGAUCCUGUUUACGAAAGUUUUACUACAGGCCUGGAUGCUCCUCAUGGUCUCCAGACUGUGGAUCAGACAGAUGACAGCAUUACUGUGGAGUGGCAAAAUAGCCGUGCACCUGUAGAUGGCUACCGUAUCAAAUACGGUCCUGUUGUUGGAGGUAGUCAUGGUGAAGAUAUAAUCCCUAGGGGAUCAGGGAAUAGAUCACAGGCUACUCUUUCUGGCCUGAAGCCAGGAACAGAGUAUGGUAUUGGAGUAACAGCAGUUAAAAAAGAGAAAGAGAGUCAGCAAGCCACCACUAAUGCAAUGACAGAUAUUGAUGCUCCACGAGACCUAGAGGCACGUGAAUCCACAGAAACUUCAAUGACUGUGGGUUGGAAAAGACCUAAAGCCAAAAUCUCUAACUACAGGCUGGCAUUUGUUUCCCCUGAUGGUAAACGAAAGGAAGUGGAGGUGCCCGCUGUGGCCACUACCCACACUCGUAAAAAUCUAGUGCCUGGCAUACAAUACACCAUCUCUCUGGUGGCAGAAAGAGGUCGGAGGAAAAGUGCCUCAGCUACUAUUACUGCAUCCACAGCAGCAAAGUCGACCUCUUCAGGUGUUGUUGCGUUAAACAUCGCAACUCCUCCAACUAAGCUGCCAACCUCUAAAAUCGGGGUUCCUACAGCAGAUCCUCCCUAUUCUGCAAUUACUAAGAAACCAACCAAGCUGUCAACCUCUCAAAUCACAGUUCCUACACCAGAUCCUCCCUAUACUGCAAUAACUACGAAAAUAACCAAGCUGCCAACCUCUCAAAUCAGGGUUUCUACAAAAGAGUCUCCCUAUACUGCAAUAAAUAAGAAACCAACCAAGCUGUCAACCUCUCAAAGGGGGGUUCCUACAAAAGAUCCUCCUUAUACUGCAAGAACUAAGAAACCAACGAAGAUAGGAACCUCUCAAAUGGGGGUUCCUUCACCAGUUUCUCCCUAUACUGCUGUAACUAAGAAACCAACCAAGCUGUCAACCCCUCAAAUUAGGGUUUUUAUACCAGAUCCUUCUAAUACCACUAUAACUAAGAAACCCACCAAGCAGCAAACCUCUUUAAUAGGGCUUCCUACAAAAGAUCCUCCUAAUACGGCUAUAACUAGGAAACCAACCAAACUUAUAACCCCUCAAAUCAGGGUUUCUAUACCAGAUCCUUCUAAUACCACUAUAACUAAGAAACCCACCAAGCAGCAAACCUCUUUAAUAGGGGUUCCUACAAAAGAUCCUCCUAAUACGGCUAUAACUAAGAAACCAACCAAACUGUUAACCCCUCAAAUCAGGGUUACUAUACCAGAUCCUUCUAAUACCACUAUAACUAAGAAACCCACCAAGCUGCAGACCUCUCUAAAAGGGGUUCCUACAAAAGACCCUCCUUAUACUGCAAUAAAUAAGAAACCAACCAAGCUGGGAAUCUCUCAUAUGGGGGGUCCGACACCAGAUCCUCCCUAUACUGCUAUAACUAAGAAACCAACAAAGCUAGGAACCUCUCAAAUGGGGGUUCCCACACCAGUUCCUCCCUAUACUGCAAUAACUAAGAAACCAACCAAGCUGUCAACCACUCAAAUUAGGGUUUCUACACCAGAUCCUUCCAAUACCACUAUAACUAAGAAACCCACCAAGGUGCAGACCUCUCUAAUAGGGGUUCCUACAAAAUAUCCUCCCUAUACUGCAAUAACUAAGAAACCAACAAAGCUGGGAACCUCUCAAAUGGGGGUUCCUACACCAGAGCCUCCCUAUACUGCAAUAACUAAGAAACCAACCAAGUUAUCAACCUCUCAAGUAGGGGUUCCUACACCACACCCGCCCUAUACUCCAAUAACUAAGAAACCCACCAAGCUGCAAACCUCUCAAAUGGGGGUUCCUACAAAAGAUCCUCCCUAUACAACAAUUAAGAAACCAACAAUUGUGGCAGCGGAUUCUAAACUUAAGAAUACAAGUCUAGACCUUUCACGAAAUGUAAGCGUUUCUGUUAAGCCUCAGACAAUUUCAAAUCUGUCCAAAAGUAACACAUCAAAUGUUCUGGGAGAAGUGAGGGAAAAACAAAUUGACGGCUUGGUCCCCAAGAAACGACAUAAUGUUACAUUGCAUGGGCUGUUGGAUGGAAAGAAAUCUCAACCAGUCAAAACCCGUGCAAAGACAGAGAAAAAUAAGCCCCGAAUCGGGAAAGUCAUUGUGUCUGAUGUAUCAUGGGACAGCUUCAAUGUGACCUGGAAUACUGAGGAGGGCACUGUCUUUGAGAACUUUGUGAUUGAGGUGACAAACUCAAAAGGUCCAGAGAGGCAGAAGUUGUCAGUAUCUGGUGAUGUAUUUAGCCUGGGUGUGCCUGGUCUUAUCCCAAACACCUCAUACACGAUUGCUUUGUACGGAGUGCAUCAGGGCUCCGUCCUCGGACCUUUCUACAUUGAAGAAGUAAUCACAGCGAGUGCACCAAUGAUUGAAAAGCUACACGUGUCUAAUGUGACAUCAGAGAGCUUCUUCCUUUCCUGGAAUGGCACUGAAGGAAAUGUUGACUGGUUUACUCUGGAGAUAAUAGAUUCCAGCUGGCGGACGGAGCCAGCUGAAUAUAACCUGUCGAGCAAUGCAAGCUCUUAUCAGGUCAGUAGGCUGAGGCCGAGCACUGACUAUAUAGCCUACCUCAGUGGAGUUGUGAAGGGAAGGAGAAUACACACCGUCAGUGCUUUUGCAACCACAGCGGCAGAGCCGGAAUUGUCCGGCCUAGUUCUUUCUAACGUUACGUCAGACAGACUGUCUCUCUCCUGGCGGAUGGGAGAAAAGAUGUAUGAUAACUUUAUAGUCGAGGUGAGAGAGUCUGCUUUGCCCUCGCAGGCUAUGGGGCGUACUCUGCCCAUCCAGGUGCGCUCCACAGUGCUGAGUGGGCUUAAAGGAGACACACAGUACCACGUCAAGCUGUACGCUACAUCUGGCAACCGCAACUCCGCUCCUUUGACCGCUGUGUUCACCACAGAACCCAAGCCCACUCUGGGCCCGGUAGUGGUGUCUGAUACACAGCCCAACAACUUCACACUGUCCUGGAGCACGGUGAAAGGGCACUUUGAUGGCUUUCUUAUUCGUGUCAGUGACCGGGAGCAGUUUUAUGAUGUAGUUGAGCUGAAACCUUUGAGCGCGACCCGAAAUGUAACAGUACCUGGCCUUGUGGACUCGACGGUCUAUGAUGUGGUGUUUUACGGCAUUUCUCAUGGUCGCUAUACCCCUCCAGUUUCCCUUAAUGCCACCACAGCAUCAUUACCCAAAGUGGAAAACCUCACAGUAACAGAAAUUACUCCAUACGGUUUCCGGGUGUUCUGGACGGCACGGUCCAGCGAAGGCUUCAGGCAUUUUCAAGUGAAAGUGUCAGAUUCUGGUCGACUGCUGGAACCAAAGGAGUUCCUGGUACCAGGAAACCAGACCUCUUUGGAUGUCUGGGGCUUGAUUACUGGCAUUGGCUAUGAGAUCAGUUUGACUGGAGUUUCAGGGUCUGGGCUGCAGUCCCUCCCAGUUACCACAGAAGCUGUGACAGAGGCCGAGCCUGAGAUCGAGCACCUAUUUGUGUCGGAUAUCACACCGGAGAGCUUCCGCCUUUCUUGGACGGCUGAUGACAUCUUUGAUCGAUAUGCGAUUAAAGUCAGGGAUUCCAAAAAGGUUACCUUCCCACGAGAGUACAAUAUCCCUGGCAAUGAGAGAACCAAGGUUUUGACAAAUCUCUCUGGGGGGACUGAGUAUGAAAUUGAGCUAUAUGGUUUCACACAGGAACAUCGCUCCCAGCCCAUUACAGCUGUUGCCAGAACAGGCCUUGGAGCUCCACGGAGCAUUCACUUCUCUGAUGUUACUGACACCUCAGCUGUUGUCGAGUGGCACGUCCCCGAUGACUCAAUUGACAGCUUCCGCAUCUCUUAUAUACCACUUUCAGGGGGUGGCCCUGAAAAAGUGGUUGAAGUUGAUGGUUCAGAGUCUCAGACUCGCCUGCCCAACCUUAUACCUGGUGAAUCAUAUCGUGUAACAGUCAUCGCAAUGAAGGGUCUAGAGGAGAGUGAUCCAGUGUCUGACACUUUCACUGCAGUUCUAGACAUGCCACAGAGUCUCACCGCUUCCAAUGUGACUGAUUCAGAAGCACUAGUGCUCUGGCAGCCUGCUGUAGCCACUGUGGAUGGAUAUGUUGUUACGUACAGUGCAGAUACAGUGCCACCAGUGACAGAACAGGUAUCUGGAAACACUGCAGAGUUUGAGAUGAAAAAUCUGGAGCCCGCCACUCCAUACACAGUGACGGUAUAUGCCACGAAAGAUGGACAAAAAAGUGCUCCUGCUGCUAUCAGUUUUACCACAGAUGUGGAUGCCCCCCGUGAUCUGGUGCUAACUGAUAUUCAGACUGAUAGUGCUGUUCUCACCUGGAAACCUCCUCGAGCACCCAUCAAAGGCUAUGUGCUGACCUCUGAAACUCCUGAAGGAACUAUCAAGGACGAGAUUUUGGACCCAUCAGCGACUUCACACAGACUGCCUGAGCUGAGUGGCUCCACUUUGUACAAUGUCGGCCUACGCGCUUUUGCUGGGCCAGACAACAGCCCGCAGCAAAGCCCAAAAAUCAGUACUGUUUUCACCACUGUUGGAAAGCUCUACAAAAAUCCCAAAGACUGCUCACAGACUCUUCUGAAUGGAGAAGUCACCUCGGGUCAAUACGCGAUUUACCCUGGUGGAGAUGAGAACCUGCCAGCACCAGUCUACUGUGAUAUGACCACUGAUGGAGGUGGCUGGGUGGUGUUCCUGAGGCGUCAGAAUGGAAAGCUUGACUUCUACAGGAACUGGAAGAAUUACACCAAUGGGUUUGGUGACAAGAAUGAUGAAUUUUGGCUAGGACUAAUGAACCUUCACAAAAUCACAGCAUCAGGCCAAUAUGAGCUCCGAGUGGAAUUAAGGGAUGGCCCAGAGACGGCUUAUGCACAAUAUGACAAAUUUUAUGUAGGAGACCAGCGCAGUCGAUACAAGAUCCAGAUCGGUGCAUACAGCGGCACUGCAGGUGAUUCUAUGACCUAUCAUCACAACAGACCCUUCUCCACAUUCGACAAUGACAACGACAUCGCCGUGACGAACUGUGCACUGUCCUAUAAAGGUGCCUUCUGGUACAAAAACUGCCAUCGGGUCAACCUUAUGGGAAGAUAUGGAGAUAACAGCCACAGCAAGGGCAUAAACUGGUUCCAUUGGAAAGGCCACGAGCAUUCGAUUCCGUUUGCAGAGAUGAAGAUUCGACCUGUCAACUUCAGAAACUUGGAAGGCAGACGGAAACGAUCAUAGACUUUAUCACAAAACUCAGCAACCAAAGAGAUCAAUUUAUUAAACAAAUUAAGGAUAGCACUGCUCUUCUAUGGCUUCUUCUGUGGCUUUUUCUGUGCAGAUAAUUUACAACAGGUUCCUUAGGUUUCCCUGUAAAGACUAAACUGGUUCUUCUACACCUUUCCUUGUCCAAAUAUUUUACAAUGGAAUAUUUCCUGACCUGGUACUUCAGAUUUAUUUGUAAUUUUGUAAUUUAAUUUUUAAAGAUGGCUACUCAAAAAUGUUUUGUUUUUCAUGUUACAAAUCACUCCUUUUACAGAGAAAAGCACAAUUCUGCUCCUUUUUGUCACAAAAUAAAGGAAACAGGUGUCUAACA